AUCUGCAAAAUCAGGGUAACUACUUCUGUUUUUAACCUCAGAUUGUUCAUGCCUUGGUUUUCUUACUCUCUUUCUCCAUCUCCCUUUUGAUUUGUUUUCUGAGUUAUUUUCCCUUACUAAUGUUAGGUAGGAAAGACAAGAGAGAGGAGUAUCUCUUUUCUAGAAAAAGGACUUUCAUCAUCUUACCCUCAGUCAGCUAGGUCUCUGUUUAGGUUCAGUUCCAUUUCCACUGAGUUCUGCUAAACUGAUGUUUGGGUCCAGAGAUUCUCCAGGCACAGAAGAUCUUUAUCUGAAUAAAGUUGUAUCUGUCUGGCACUUAGCAUACUGUGUUCUUUUCUCUUAUAAUUUUAUUUUUGUCUGACCCAGUGUUCAUUUCCAGUCUUCCCUUCAUUAAUUGGGAUUAGAAGGUGGAUGAACAAGACACUCAAUAAUCUAGUCUUUUGGUUUUCUGCAGGUAAUACCUGACUUGCACAUGAAAUCACUGAAUACUGUUCUUUCUCAAGGCAUGAAUCAAAAGAAAAAACAUGAGGUAGAAAUUCUUUCUGCAGUUGUUAGUUCAGUUGCAAAUACCGUGGGAGCUGCUACAAUAGUUGAUGUUGGUGCUGGUCAGGGUUAUCUUGCACAAGUUCUAUCCUUUCAAUACUUGCAUUCUGUAAUUGCAAUUGAUGCCUGUUCUCAUCAUGGAAAAGUUACAGAUGCACGGGCAGAACGGAUAAAGAAGCAUUAUGAAUCUCAGAUGCGAAAUUUGGGAAAUAUGAAUUCAAAUGCACCUAAGACAAUCACAUGCCGUGUAAUGUCCAUGGACUCAUUGAAAGCCUUGACCAAUACACUUGUACCUGAAAACAAUGAUGAGCAGUCAAGAAUGAUGGCACAUGAUUGUGAAAAAGUUGAUGAGAGACAAGUUCAAUCUUUAUGCCCUCCUAACAUUGGAAGCUCAUUGGUUCUUGCCGGACUUCAUGCAUGUGGAGAUCUUUCAGUUACAAUACUCAAGGCAUUCUCAGAGUGCAGAGAAGUAAAAGCAGUUGUUAGCAUUGGCUGUUGUUACAACUUAUUAUCUGAGGGGUCUGAAAAUUCUGGUGAUCACUGUGGUUUUCCAAUGAGUUGUGGUGUUAAGACUGUUAGCUUGCUGCUUGGUAAAAGUUCUCGUGAUCUUGCUUGUCAGAGUGCAGAUAGAUGGAGAAACCUGUCAAAAGAUGCUGGUCUCCAUAAUUUCGAGCUGCAUGCCUUCCGUGCUGCUUUUGAAAUGGUACUUUCUAAACAUUACCCAGAAGUCAUGAUAACAAGCCCUUCAAUUGGGCGACAAGGGAAGGCUUUGCGACGCCAGCAGCAGAGGAGGAUACUGGAGUCUCAGCUGCGUCAAAAAGAAAGUACAUAUUCCCAUUCUAAUGUGGUAGAACAUUACUCUGUUGUAGGGCAUGGAGAAUCUGGAACAAGUGACAUUUCAGGCCUGGUGUCAAACAUGGAUAACUUAUCUAUCAAAAGUGAAGGGGAUUUAUCUGUUGAUAAGUGUUCACUUUUUGAGAAGUUCAGUCUAUCUGGGCUAUGUCGCCUUGGUCUUCAUCCUUUGGUUGACAUUAAUUUUCGAGGCAUUUGGAAGGAAGUUGAGCCAUAUGCUGAGCUUGUUGGAGUUUACUGGUCUCUACGAGCUGCUUUGGGGCCUCUUCUGGAAACUUUUAUUCUUCUCGAUAGAUUGUUGUUCCUCCAAGAGCAGGUCAAUAAACUGGAAGUAGUCAUGUUACCUAUUUUUGAUCCAGCAUUAUCCCCGAGAAAUGUUGCAAUAAUUGCUAGAAAAGUUGAUGCAACCAUGCAACCAUAAUAUGAGCUCAGUGGAGAACGAUCUUGUGGCAUUUAAAGAUUGCAACUUGCCUGCAGGUAAUAAUCCUAAUCCUUUGAUUAUUUAUCAUAUUCCCUUUUGUUGUGGACAAGAGAAUGUUCAAAAGAUUGAAGAAAAGCAUUUUCUAGUCAUUGGUGACACAUCUAAGUCUCAGUCACAAUUUUCUUCUGGUUUUGGAGCAAACGGAGAAUUCUUUUACAAUUUCAGAGAGAAGUCAGUUAUUGAUUGAUUAUGACAUUUAUUCUAAUUACGUACUUUGUUCACUGACUUUUUCCUUUUGAUGAUUGAUUGUUGAGUAUAACAUUUAGCAAGUUGUGAAGUAGAUAAUCAUAAAAAAUAGAUAGGUAUUGUAAUUGUAGCCGUUACAUGUUAUGAUCCAAACUGGUGGGAACUGAUACAGGUUCAAGGAUUACUGGAAGGAAGAACUUGUUAAAACCUUGAAUUGACACUUGAAAAUUUCAAUAUGCGUACAUCCCACCAAAGUCUACUCUAUUGAAAAAGACACAAUUCUAUUUAGUUUGAUACAUAUAUGUAUCUUUGACCCACAAACUCAUAAUUCUUUUUACACCUUAGAAUGUGAAGAAUUAUUAUAUAUGGUAUCUUUUCAAACUUGCGUGAAUAUUUGUAAGACUACUUCGACCUACAAACUUUUGAAUUCAACAUGGUUACACAACUAAGGAUAAAAUCUGUGUUGAUUUCUCUUAAUGGACUUCCCCAUUUUGUAACAUAUUUGGAAAUUUAUUAUAGCAUUUACAAAGAGUUGUUUUAUAUGGGUUUGACUAGUAGUUUAGAAUUUGUAUCUGACUAGCUUGCAGACAAGUCCUGCUCUAGACUUGUAGUUGAAUCCCGAAAAUUACAAAAAUUGUUAUGUAGUCUUUUAGAUUGUUGAGGUUAAUUGCCGUCACAUUUUUAGUUAUAUUAUUUAAAUAAAUAGUUGCACUUGGUGGAGUAUAUUUCUUUUUUUAUAAAAUCCAUGUACAUUACCGAGCAAGAAAUGACAUUGUCAUCACAUACGUAAUUAUAAAAUCAGAUUUUUAUGCAUACAUGUAAUGUAUAGCUUGUAGACAUAUCAUGUCAUAUGUAGUUGUAGUUGAUUUGUGAAAUUUGUUAGUCUUUCCUUUUUUUUUCAGUUAAAGCGAGCAAUACAAGAAAGUUUGCGUUGUAUAUACGCAAUAAAAAAAGCUUACUGUAGCUACUAAUAAACAAUUUAUUGCUUGUGACAUCCUCUGGUAGUCUCAGACACAUUUCACAUGUGCACGAUUCUAAAACGGUUAUGGAAUAUGUUGGAUACACCGGGUUAGUAUCCAUGUAAGUCGUACAGAUAUCAUCAAAUCUCUUUCUUGGUGUGGAUGGUUAGGGUAUCCUUAACUUAGUUUUACGCUUUUCUUUUUUUUUUUUGAAAAAUCUAAAGGGUGCAGUCUCGUAUUAACUUGGUGUGUUCAAAUAAAUUAGUUUCUUUAAG